GAGCGCGGGACAACUACCGGGCGCGGGAGCCGCUUUGCGACAGCGCCCUUUCAUUUACGGCAGCAGCCCCGUUUGCGGCAGCGCGGUGUUUCCGGCGGCGGCGCGCACGUGCAGGAAACAGUAGAGAAUGUCUUUUCGUGGAAGAGGAGGUGGAGGAGGAAGAGGAGGUGGCUUCAGCCGUGGAGGAGGUGGUGGUGACAGAGGUGGCUUUAACCGUGGUGGUCGAGGUGGCUUUGGACGGGGAGGUGGAAGAGGAGGCUUCAACAGAGGAGGAUAUGACCAGGGCCCUCCAGAAAGGGUAGUUUUGUUGGGAGAGUUCAUGCAUCCCUGUGAAGAUGACAUAGUUUGUAAAUGUAAAACAGAAGAAAACAAGGUGCCUUAUUUCAAUGCCCCAGUGUACCUGGAUAAUAAGGAGCAGAUUGGCAAAGUGGAUGAAAUAUUUGGACAGCUGAGAGACUUUUAUUUUUCAGUGAAACUGUCUGAGAACAUGAAAGCCUCUUCAUUUAAAAAAAUGCAAAAGUUUUACAUUGAUCCAGCAAAGCUGCUACCUCUUCAGAGAUUUUUGCCAAGGCCCCCUGGAGAAAAAGGUGCUCCCAGAGGAGGUGGUAGAGGAGGACGUGGUGGUGGACGUGGGGGAGGAAGAGGCGGUGGUAGAGGAGGAUUCGGAGGAGGCAGAGGUGGAGGAAGAGGAGGAGGAUUCAGAGGAGGUAGAGGUGGAGGAGGAGGAUUCAGAGGAGGAAGAGGUGGUGGAGGAGGCUUUCGGGGAAGAGGACAUUAAAAAUGGAGCCAUGAGUAUCUCCUCAUUUUCUCAUCAUGUCAUCUGCAGAAGCAAAGAACCAUGAAAAUUUUUUCUAAAGGACCCUGAAAAUCUUUUUAUAAAGAACUUGAAGCUACAAAUGACAAUUAUUUUUACACUUAAUGACUGUUCAUGGACGCAUGAGGAAAGUGUAGCCCCAGGUGAAGAGCUGAAGACUGCUCAGAAUAUGUAAACUUUACUAACUGAGCCAUGAUUCGAUGUUAUUCUUAAGCUGCUUGUUUCUGACAAGCAGUGCAGUCAAUGCUUAACUCCAUGUUGGAGUUUGGAGUAAACAAUCGGUUGAAAUGAAUUUUCAAAAGACCCUAUAGGUUCACUGCAUGCACAUCCUUCAGUGUAGACUGUGCAUGACUGAACCCUGGGUCUCAUCCUCCUUUUGUAUCAAAUCUGGGCUGCUCUGAAAUGGACAUGCCAUUUAAACAACCUUUGUGAACCUUUUUUUAUAAAUUAAAUUUCAAACUUUUGUGUUGAUGAUUUUUUAAAUGCAUAAUAAUGUAUAAGAGAGAAGACAGCAGAGUAUAUUUUGUGAGUUUUUCUGUAUAAAUAUUAAUGACAGCCAAAGCAUUAAGACAUGAACAAGACAAGAUUAAUACUAUACUUCAGUCAUCUAAUGCUAUCUAAUUACACUGAUAUUAAAAUGCUAAAGGUUUUUAAUUGGCCCUGCAUCUCCCCCUUAGCCUGUUUCUCUUGAGGUUUUGAUGCAAUACCAGGGUACUGCACCUCUGUGGUGCUCUGGGUUUGUGCAGAGCUGAGAUUAAAUAGCUCAUCACAGGGCUCCUCUGCACACAGUACUUUCAGUUAUGUAUUGCUUAGAAAGGCAUGACAAAGUCUGCAUGAGUCUUUAAAUGGAUGCAUUAGGAAGGUUGUUGGAAAGAUAGUGACUCUGUCUUCCUAAGGAAGGAGGAAGACCUCCAGGUCUCCCUGGAGGAGACCAGGGUGCCUCUCUGCUCUGGAACUUUGGAAAUAAAAUAGGUGCAAAUAGAACUUCCCUGGAUUUCUUUCAGCUGUUUGAAAAGGGAUCUGUAGAAUAAUCUAUGUGCUACUAUUUUGAGCAUCUUGUUCAGUGUGAAAAAAGUUAUUUUCUGAA